GAACAACACUCCUGGCUAUGAAGUCAUCAUGCAUCUGGCAUGCAUUACAAACGAGAUGUAUAUAAAACAAGGAGCCUUCUGCAGCAUCCACAGUCACACACAGCCUUGCGAUUCGAGGCUGCACUUCUUCUGUCCCCCUUCAAUCCUACAUCACGUUCCUACAAUAUUGGAAUACUCAGCAGCAUGAUCUGGCUCAAAUCCACGAUUCUCCUCCUGGGCAUAGGAGGUGCCCACCUCCAGUGCUUCACGCCCGAUGCCAACAUUCCUCCCCUGGACAAAAAUGCAGAUCUCUCUGGCGCCACAGACUUUGGAUUUAACCUCUACAAACAACUAACUCUGGAGAAGCCUUCGGAGAACUUCUUCUUCUCCCCCUACAGCAUCUGGGCAGCCCUGGUUAUGGUGUACUUUGGGGCAGCGGGCGAUACCCAAUCGCAGCUGGCGGCAGGACUGGGCUUGAAAGACAAGCCUUCUGCUCACCGACUGUCGAAAGGGCUGGAGAUUUUAUACAAACAACAGAACAACGCCAACAUAAGUCUCGACGUGGCCAACAGAGCUUACUUCAACGAGUCUUUCGCUUUGCUUCCUUGUGUCCAAACCGUUUUCCCAGAUGAGCUACGCGUCCUUAAUUUCUAUGAUGCUAAGAAUGCAGCCGGAGCCAUGAACACCUUUGUCAAAGAAACAACUCGAGGCCUCAUCAGCAGCAUUGUGACGGAGGAAAUGGUCCGCACGGCCAGCAUGGUCCUCAUCAACGCUGUCUACUUUAAGGGCUUCUGGAAACAAGAGUUCAAAAAGACAAACACACAGAAGAGGGACUUCUUUGUUGCUCCAAGCAAUAAAAUUUCAGUUGACAUGAUGAGCCAAGUUUCCGGCUUCAAGUAUGGGGAAUCUGCACAACUUGGCGCACGGGUGCUGGAGCUGCCCUAUGCUGUGAGCAACCUCUCCAUGAUCCUUCUUCUGCCUAAUGCUAACGGGAAUGGAGGAAGUUCUCUCGCCAGUGUGGUCAGGGGACUCAGCAGCGCUGCUCUCAGAGAAGCCAUCAGUCCCGGAAAGCUGCAUUCUCGCCGCGUUGAUUUACUCCUUCCCAAGUUUAAAUUCCGCUCAGGUCUGGCUGAGGAAUUGUUGAACGCACUGAAAAAGAUUGGCAUCGUGGACAUCUUCGACAGGGAUCUGGCUGACAUAAGCCAGUUCAGCUCUAGGGAUAAGUUGGCCGUGUCAGACAUCAUCCACAAAGCUUAUGUAGAUGUCAACGAAGAAGGAACAGAAGCUGCGGCUGCCACAGCUGUCAUCAGUUUCACCCUAUCAUCUUUUGGGGCUCCUCCACAAAUUGUCCAGUUCCACUGCGACAGGCCUUUCGUCUUCAUGAUCUACGACAGACAGACGAACAACAUCCUCUUCGUUGGGGACAUCAAAAAUCCUGGAAAUUUCCAGAGUUAGUUGUAAUUGGUCAUGAGAUUCGGUGACUGGAAAGCUUUCGAGUGACCCAGAGCCCUCCACAUGACUCUUCAACUAUAUAAGUCUUUCUUUCAUCUGUCUUACUUAAUCAACUCCCUGACACAGACAUAUGUACACACAUGCACAAACCUGCCCAGGUAUGACAAACAAUUUCAUAAUUGCAUACACACACUUAAAUACAUGCAUCUACCCUGUACACAACCAUUAUAAAUUACACCAAGUAAUGUUAUAUUUGUGUUAUGUGCUUUUCUAUGUAUAAAAGUUGUUUUAUAUGGAAAUAUGAUAAUUUGUGAACCACAAUGUCCGCUUAAUCUCCUGACUUCUUUGAGGUUUAGUAGUGACAAAUGUAUCCAAAAAGGGUGGACAGGAGGGCACUGUGGCCACUACAAUUACAUACAUAUCUGGAAGAAGUGACCAGAAGAUUCUGUAUUUAUAUAAUAUGUCAAGAUUAAUAUGAAUCAAAUUUUCUCAUAGAACUUUUUAUACUUGAUUAAAUAUGAAUUGUCUGA